AUGACUGCUGUAGCUGACAACUUUGAUUGUUCAAUUUUAGAUGAUGAAACUACUAAAAAUAAAGGUCGCAGGUACAGGCAAAGUGUAAUUGACACUAUGGAAUUGCAAAAAUUCCGAGAUUCCCUUCAUGAUGAAACAAUUAAUGGUCGCAGAAGUACGUUUAUGUGCAAGCCCAGCAGAUCAACAAUCAAAAUUGUAAAAGAAAUCCGGGAUUCAAGAGCUAGUUUACGGUCUUCGACACUGUACGACGAUUUUAAAGGAUUUCUGUCCGAAGAUUGUGAUGAUACGAUUGUCGAGUUAUCAAAAUUGUCGAUUGAUGACUCCGUACACGAAAUUACUGUACUAGAGAAGUUCCAUGACACGAGUCGAAUAGCUAGCGCACGGGAUUACGUACUACGGCGUUGUAAUCAAACAGAGCCUAUAGUGUUUGAUGAAUGCUAUCCAGAUACAGAACUAAAGAACUGCCACAAGAUUGGCGAAGGUGUAUAUGGCGAGGUAUUUCUGUGGAGAGCGCGCGAUGGCCAAGCUCGUGUGCUAAAAAUUAUACCCAUAGCUGGAGAUACAAAAGUCAAUGGAGAACCUCAGAAGGGAUUCCACGAAAUUAUUUCUGAAAUUGUGAUUGCUAUGGAAUUGAGUGCUCUACGCUCACCUAUAGCUACAAUUGAAAAACUUUUAGAUGAGGGAAAAGAGAUUGACACAUUGGAUUUACAUGCUGUACAAAACGCAACUGACAUAUUUAAUGAGGUGAAAGCGGUGCGGUGCGUUCGCGGCCCUUACCCGGCGCGUCUGCUGGACCUGUGGGAGCUUUUCGACGAGUGCCGCGGCUCGGACAACGACAACCCGGCGCUGCUGCCCGUCGACCAGCACUACAUCGUGCUGGAGCUGGCCAACGCCGGCCAGGACCUCGAGAGCUACCAGUUCAACAGCGCCGAGCAGGCGCACGCGCUCUUCCUGCAGGUGGCGCUGGCGCUGGCGGUGGGCGAGGAGGCGCUGCAGUUCGAGCACCGCGACCUGCACUGGGGCAACGUGCUGGUGGCGCCCAGCGAGCAGGCGUGGGCCACGGGCGUGGUGCGCGGGCGGGCGGUGCGCGUGGCGCGGCGCGGCGUUGCCGCCACGCUCAUCGACUACUCGCUGUCGCGGCUGCGGCUGCGCAGCGGCGCCGCGCUCUUCUGCGACCUGGCGCGCGACGAGGCGCUCUUCGAGGCCGUGGGCGACCGCCAGUUCGCCGUGUACCGCCUCAUGCGCGACCGCCUCGCCGGCGACUGGAGCGCCUACGACCCGCACACCAACGUGCUCUGGCUGCACUACGUGGCCGGGAAGAUGCUCACGGCCCUCCGCUACAAGAGGACCAACACCAAGAUCCACCGCCACCACAUCGCCAAGCUGCGGGCCAUCGAGGGCCGCAUCCUGGACUACGGCAGCGCCGCGCAGUUCGUGCUCACCGACCGAGAGUUC